CUCCAUCGUUCUCUUCUUUGAUCUCUCUCCUAUUCUUUCACCAUUUCUUUUCUUUUUUAUUUUUUUUCUCUGAACAAACAGAAUUUCUGUUACAGUUUCCUAUUUUCAUUUUGAAGAAAAAAAAAAUCCCACAUUUUAAUACACGAUAAAGAGCAAUAGAAAGUUUGGGUUUUUGUUUUUCUUCUCAGAUUGUUAUUGUAAAAAUUCACAGGUGAAGAAAUGAAUUGUAGCUCUGUUCGUUUCCAAUUUGAGGGCAUAGGGCAUCGUUUUUUGGUGUAAAUUUCUUUUUUUUUUUUUGGGAUAAAUUUUGAAAGUUAAAUUAGGGUUUGGUUUGUAAUUUUUGGUAUAUUUAUUACGAAGUUGUGAUCUUGGGUACAUUAGAAGGCAAAUGAAGAAAAUGAGUUAUUUGCAUUAGGAAAAAAAAAUUAGGUGUAGAAAAAAAUGACAGAUUUUCAAGCUUUACAGCAAAAACCAGAAUCCCCAAAUGAUGCCAGAGCUGAAUUUGAAAUGGGUUUGGAAGAAUUAAUGAGAGGGCAUUUAGAUGAUUGUAUGUCAUUUGCACCAUGUAGUUCUGAUAGAAAUCGUGAUGAUGAGGAUGAUGAGGGUGAUCAACUUGUUAGGAGGAGGAGAAGGUCUGAUCUUGAAGGUGAUGACUUAGCUGAGUCAUCUGCUGCUAGAAGGCGGCAUUCUAGGAUUUUGAGUAGGUGGGCUGCUAGGCAGGCUCAGGAAAUGAUAACGACAAUGGAGAGGAGGAAUAGGGAGUCUGAGUUGAUGGCUUUAGCCGGUUUACAUACUGUUUCAAUGCUCGACUCUUCUUUCUUGAGAGAGUCACAGUCACCUACUUCUAGGCGACAAGGGGGGAAUGUUGAGAGGCCCAGUACUCGGGCUUCUGCGAUUUUGCAAAUGUGGAGGGAGUUGGAGGAUGAACAUUUAUUGAAUAGGGCACGGGAGAGGGUUAGGGAAAGGUUGAGGCAGCAAAGGACUGCUGAUGGUAAUACGACAAUGUCUAGUACGACUUUGUCUGAGAGUCGUGGGAGUGAGAAUCAUGGGAGUGUUGGGGAUGUGAGUGAGAGUGAGAAUGAGUAUGGAACUUGGUUACAUGAUCAGAGUGUGUCACAGAACGAUCGUAGGGAUGAUAAUGGGUCUAGUAGGGAGCAGUCUCCUGAUCUUGGCGAAGUCGAGAGGGAGAGGGUGAGACAGAUUGUUCGGGGAUGGAUGGAGAGUGGAAUUAGUGAUCAUUCAUCCAAUGUUACCCAAAGGGCUGGAAGUCCUAGAGCUGAGUGGCUUGGUGAAACAGAGCGUGAGAGAGUUAGAAUUGUCCGGGAGUGGGUGCAAAUGACAAGUCAGCAACGAGGAGUUCGUGGGGGUGGGGAGGAAGAUCAGGCAGCUACAAUUGGUGUGCAAGUUGAUCAAGUUCGUGAAGGCUCAGGUGCUGACCAUGAUGAAGGCCAACCAGAUCAUAUUCGGAGGGACUUGCUAAGGUUGCGUGGAAGACAAGCUGUAAUUGACUUACUUGUGAGGAUUGAAAGAGAAAGACAAAGGGAACUUCAGGGUUUGUUGGAGCACCGUGCUGUAUCUGAUUUUGCUCAUCGUAACCGCAUUCAGUCACUACUCAGAGGUAGAUUCUUACGAAAUGAAAGACCUGUCGAGCAGGAGAGACCACCUUCAAUGGCAGCAAGUGAAUUAAGUCAAUUAAGACAACGGCACACUGUAUCUGGUUUGAGGGAAGGGUUCCGCAACAGAUUAGAAACAAUUGUCCGUGUUCAAGCAAGCAGCAAUUCUGAAACCACAACUAGCAAUGUCAUCAAUGAUUCUAGAAAUGAACUCACCCAAACAAACACGUCACUAGAUGUCCAGGGUGAAAACAAUGAACAUACACAACCUAGGAGUUUGGAAAGUGACAUUGGACAGUUGCCUAAUCAAACUGGAGAUAUGGUUAGCAACAUGGCUGUUGAGAGCAUAAGUUGGCAAGAAAAUGCUAACCAAGGUGGGAAUGAGAGAGGACAAUGGCAACAGCCAACAUAUGCUCAGUUCAAUGAAUGGAGGGAGGGCAACGCAGAAGAAAUGGAUACAAAUUGGCAAGAAAGUUCAGUUAUUGAGUAUCACCAAGAAAUUCCUGGAAAUGUAAAUGGAGAAGAAAGUCAGCCACCAGAAGCCCAGAGAGUUUGGCGGGAGGAUGGCUCUCUGGAAGCUAUUGAUAAUUGGUCAGAAGGGCCUUCUGAUCCUCCAAGAGCACGCCGUGCAAUCCCAGUUAGAAGGUUCAGUAGAUUUCAUCCACCUGAAGAUGAUAAUGUGUACAGUAUGGAACUUAGAGAACUUCUGAGCAGGAGGAGUGUCUCUAAUCUUCUUCGAAGUGGUUUCCGGGAAAGUCUAGACCAAUUAAUACAGUCUUACGUGGACAGACAAGGUCGUUCUCCCAUUGAUUGGGAUCUGCACAGAAACUUGCCGACUCCAGCCUCACCAGAGCGUUAUCAAGAGCAGCAGAGGGAGGAAACAAAUGAUGAUCAGAAUGAUGCUAUUAACAGGCCUUCACUGGUGCUACCUUCUCCUCCAGUGCCACCACCACAGCCGCUGUGGCAUCAGGAUUUACAUCACACCAGUUGGUCUAGGCACAGCAUGCAUAGAUCAGAAAUUCAGGAAUGGGAGAUGUUUAAUGAUCUAAGAGCUGAUAUGGCAAGACUCCAGCAGGGCAUGAGCCACAUGCAGAGGAUGUUGGAAGCCUGCAUGGAUAUGCAGUUAGAGUUACAGCGAUCUGUCAGGCAGGAAGUCUCUGCUGCUUUGAAUCGCUCAGCAGGUGAAAAAGGUUUGAAUGCAGAAACAUCCGAGGAUGGUUCUAAAUGGGGUCAUGUGAGGAAAGGGACAUGCUGUGUUUGUUGUGAUAGCCAUAUCGAUUCACUUUUGUACAGAUGCGGACACAUGUGCACUUGUUCAAAGUGCGCAAACGAGUUGGUUCGUGGCGGAGGAAAAUGCCCUUUGUGUCGGGCGCCUAUCGUGGAGGUAAUCCGUGCAUAUUCAAUACUGUAGACAGAUGAAAGAACAGAAUAAGAAUUGAAUAGAAUGACUGGUAAGGUCUAUAAAAGAGCCAAUGUCAGUUAAUGGCUCCAACCUGUAGAGUGUUCAGUUGUUGCCGGUGUUUUUCUGAUUAGUUGUGGAACACUAAGCAGUGUAUAAUUGGAAUAACAAUUGGCAUCAUUGAUUCAUCGUUCAUGCGUAAAUAAAAUGU